AGAAGAUUCUUGUCGUUGCAAAGAAGCUCAUUCGUAGAGGGCAGUGCCCUAUAAGACGGCAUUCCGGCCUCGUCAUUGACCGCCUCGUUCUUUGUGUUGUUUGCUUUAGUCAAGAUGCAGCGCUUUGCUAGCAUGCUUCUCUUUGCUGCCGUCGCCCUGGUCCAAGUCGAGGCACGCGGAGACAUCAAGCUGUUCGACUGCUCCAAGAUGAAGAGCAUCUGCAGCGCAGCCUGCUAUUACGACCGUGAGCUUGGCGGAGAUUCGUGGAUGACCGAUGGCUUCAACUACGACAAUUCGGCGGAUAAGGAGAGCCACAAGAGCAAGCGCCGGGCAGCCAUUGGGUGCAAAAGCAAGAACUGUGGCUCGGGCCAGUCCUGCGACGAGUAUCCCUUUGCAUCGAGCUACCAAGGUGGUCUAGGCGUCGUUGGGGGCGGGUACCCGACUAUGCGCGAUGGCUUCAACGUUUGUGUGCCUCAGGGCGAUCAGAGCUCACAAGGUGGCCAGCUCAAAGGCUUCGUCAGCGGCAAGCCCGACGGCUACAACUACGAGCCCCACGUGUCCAAUGCUGGCGGAAUAGCCAACUGCGACACCAAGCAGACACCCAGCGAGCCAGCAACCUUUCGCCACGUCACCACGCCGCAGAAUCGUCGCAGGGCCAACGCGCAGCCGCCAAUCGCACAAGGCUACGAGACACAGUCCGGCGUCCGUUUCGUCACGUUUGGCAAGCGAGACAUCUAUUCGCUCGGCACGACUGUCUGGACUGCCAACACGACGCAUCCCGACGGCGGCUUCGAGGAGCCCAUUGUGCGCCACUUUAGCGACCUCGACGGCUUCUCUUGGGAGUGAGACGGGGCCCGCCGCUCCAUCUGCCGUGAUUGAGUCAAAAACACAAUAUGAUGAUCAAGAGACAGCUUUCAGAAAUGGUGACAUUAAGCACAUGUCCUUGAAGCGGCCGCGCGUUCAUUGUAAGAAGACUAGGGUUGCUCCUGAAGUGCAGAGGGAUAGCUCCAUCGGAUACUGGCCUACCCACGGUAUUGUGCUACGCAUCGCUUGUCGAACGAGUCGAGGAAGGCGAGUCCGUGCUUCACGGACGAGCGGACCGUACUGACAGGCCUAGGCGGACAAGCGACACGUGGUUAGACUCGGAAAGCCCGCUUGACUCGGAAAUUCUCCGUUCGUGGCCGGAGAACGGUAGCGUCAUGCAGCGUCCGUCCAUCGCGGACUGGAAGCUUCUGUCCGCUA